AUGUACAUCAUUUUACUAACCUCCAGCCACAACAGCAGAUUCCAUCCCCGAAGACCAGGAAAAGGUCUCACACGCGCCUUGUGGGCUGCAUGUGUCUUUCUACUAUUUUUGUGGGUCAUUUUAAGACGCUCCAACUCGCAUGAAGCGUCUUUCCCAGCGACAGACGCUGUACUUCAACAAGUGGAGGCGGAAGAGAAAAGCCACCAGCUAUAUACAGCCACCAAAGACGGCAUCACAGAAGAAAAUUUGGAUCUACUCUCCGAGGAGGAACGAGACAAAUUGUACCGCGAUACGGUGGAAUUCUACGAUCUCAACGAAUAUGACGGAGAGCCCGAUGGUGAGAAAAUUGGCGACGCCAAGGGCGAUGUGGUUUUGUUUUUGAUGCCGCUCCGGAAUGCGGAGCAUGUAAUGCCCAUGGCUUUCCAAAACAUCAUGAACUUAACAUACGACCAUCUGUUGAUUGAUAUUGCAUUCUUGGUGUCGGACUGUCUGCCAGGGGACACGACGUUGCAGACGUUGUUCGAGUAUCUGAUUUUGUUGCAAAACGGCACAUUGGCUGACCAUUUGUUAGCCGAGGAAGAACGCAAAAGAAACGCAAACGUGCGGGCCACCAGCGACUUGUACAAAUUGUACAUGGACCACGAUUACAUGGAGAACGUGCGCAAGGCAUACGACCCCUCGUCCCAACACGCGGGAUACAAAACUCCUUUCCGUUCUGUGUCCAUCUACGUCAAGGAUUUCGGCCAGGUGAUUGGACAGGGCUUUAGCGACCGGCACGCAGUGAAAGUUCAGGGAAUCCGACGCAAAUUGAUGGGCCGUGCGCGUAACUGGUUGACGGCCAGUGCUUUGAAGCCGCAUCAUUCGUGGGUCUACUGGAGAGACGUGGAUAUAGAAAUGUGUCCAGGCACUGUGAUUCAGGACAUGAUGAAGUUCAACUACGAUGUGAUGGUGCCCAACAUUUGGCGGCCUUUACCCACAUUCUUGGGCUCGGAGCAAGCGUAUGAUUUGAAUUCAUGGGUGGAGUCUGACUCUGCUUUGGACUUGGCCAAAACUUUGGACGAGGACGAUGUGAUUGUCGAAGGAUACGCCGAGUACCCUACCUACAGAGUGCAUUUGGGAUACAUCCGUGGCAUGAGCGACAAUCCGGACGAGAUCUUGGACCUCGAUGGUGUGGGUGGAGUAUCUAUCUUGGCCAAGGCAAAAAUCUUUCGCCAGGGCGUUCACUUCCCGGCAUUCACUUUCCGCAACCACGCUGAGACGGAGGCGUUUGGAAAAAUGGCACGGGCCAUGGGCUUCCGCGUGGGGGGCUUGCCCAACUACACCAUCUGGCAUAUUUACGAGCCCAGCGAGGACGAUUUGAAGAAAAUUGCGGGCAUGGAGCGGAAAAAGAGACGACAACGAAACUCUCGUUAG